UUCUAGUAGUUAGAUGUCCGGUAAAAUCUAUAUCAGAUUGAAAGAGAAUCUGUCCGCACCACUUCCUUCACCAUGCCAACUGCAAGACACUUCUGGAAUCGGCAGAACUGGCAACGAUUCCGUCGACGUUUGUCUACCGGACAGGCUUUAUCGGCAAGGCAGACGUACUUGGAACCUGGAACGAUCAAAUUACAUUCCAGAAGAUCCUGCGGUGUCGUGGCACUGUCGACGAUGGAUGUGUCAUCCGCAUAAUUAAUCAU